AUUUGAAUUUAAAUAUAAUACAAGAAAUUAACAAAUUUGGUGCCCUAUUUUGGGACAAAUUCUGGGGCAAUGCAGCAUCAGACGAAAUAGGAGCAAAACGAACAGAGAGAGAGAAGAAGAAGAAAUCGUUUGAGAAGAACGCCAUAGAUUGAACCAGCUAGUGAAAAUCAACAAUGAAUAAAGGAGGAGUUGGAGGUGGUAGUGGAAGUGGUGGCGGUGGCGGCCCAACCUCCGCUGCAGCAGCAGCUGCAGCUCAAAAACAGAAGACAUUGUUGCAGAGAGUUGAUAACGACAUUGGAAAUAUUGUUGAUAAUUUCAGUUACCUUGUUAAUGUGGCCAGGGUUAAUGAUCCACCAGUAAGAAAUUCACAAGAAACUUUCAUGAUGGAGAUGCGUGCAGCUAGAAUGGUUCAGGCAGCUGACUCAUUACUUAAGUUGGUGUCGGAGUUGAAACAGACAGCAAUUUUUUCUGGUUUUGCAUCCCUCAACGACCAUGUAGACCAAAGAAUAGAUGAAUUUAACCAACAGGCGGAGAAAACAGAUCACAUGUUGGCUAGAAUUGGAGAGGAGGCAGCUGCUAGCCUGAAGGAGCUUGAGUCGCAUUACUAUUCCUCUGCACAGAGGAGAAGCCAACUCACACAGCUAUGAAGAAGGGCAGUGUAUUUCUUGCUUCACUUAUUCUCGAAGUCAAUUUCUAUUGUGGAAGGAUUCAAAGUUUCUAAUCACCGUUCUUCAUCAAGCAACAAGAAUCCUGUGUUUCUUUUUGUGCUGCUGUGUCUCUCUUUCUGCGUAGAGAGAGAGAUGCAUGCCGAGAGGAAGAAGAGGUGCCGAGAGGGACUUUGAAGGAAGGACGAGGUAGAUCCCGUGCUUGUGAUCGACGGGGAAGGGUUUGGAUCGGACGGCGGAGGCGAAGAUAUUCAGUCCCUUCGGAUGGAAGCUGAGUCGGCUGGGGAAGAAGCUGCAUCUGCUUUGGAGCAGCUCCACGAGGCUUCGGUGGUGUUCAUCGCCAUGAGAGAGAGAAGAGACCCUCCUCCCGCAAAGUAAUGGUGUGUGUUGGUAGCGGCGGCACGGUGCUUCUACGGAGGAGGAGCACGACUUGCUGACUGAGGAGCUAGAUGAGGUUGAUGAUUAAACUGAUGAGGGUGUUUUACGGUGGCAGAUGUGGGGCUUCUGCGGCUGCUGAGUGAAGGUAGGUGUAGAGGUCCGGCGGGCGGCCAAGGCGAGACUGCCGCCCGCCGGUGAAGCAGAAUGACUAGGUUGUUAACCUUGCUCUGAUACCAUGUAAGAAUUUAUGUAUU